CCCCUCCCCGGCGCCUUCACACUUCCCAAGCAAUCCGACCGCACUCCCCUUGUCUUCUCUUGUCGCGAGCCGCCGGAAGCUUCGGCCCCUGACGCGCGGGCCCCCCUCCCCCGCUCCCGUCCCCGUCGCCGGCCAUGGCCGGCCAGCCGCCGCCGCCCGGGGGCGCCGAGGACGACUUCCUCGAGCACUUCUUCGCCUUCCCCUCCGCGGCCUCCGCCGGCGCCGGCGGGGGGCACGCGGGCGCCGGCCUCCACGGCGGGGACCACCCCUUCCCCCUCGCCCUCAGCCUCGACGCCGCCGCCGAGGCCUCCGCCAAGCAGGACCGGGACCCCGUGCAGCUCGCCGGCCUCUUCCCGCCGGUGUUCGGCGGCGGCGGCAGCGUGCAGCAGCCGCACCUCCGCGGCCCUCCGCCUCCACAGAUGUUCCACGCGCAGCCGAAGCCGGGCGAGGGAGCCAUGGCGCCGCAGCCGCCGGCGCCUCGGCCCAAGGUGCGGGCACGGCGGGGGCAGGCGACCGAUCCCCACAGCAUCGCUGAGAGGCUAAGGAGAGAGAGAAUAGCAGAAAGGAUGAGGGCAUUGCAGGAAUUGGUUCCCAACACAAACAAGACAGAUAGGGCAGCCAUGCUAGAUGAGAUCCUUGAUUAUGUGAAGUUUCUUAGGCUUCAAGUAAAGGUUUUGAGUAUGAGCAGACUGGGUGGUGCUGGUGCAGUUGCACAGCUGGUUUCCGAUAUUCCGCUGUCAGUUAAGGGUGAGGCAAGUGACAGUGGGAGCACACAGCAGAUAUGGGAAAAGUGGUCAACUGAUGGCACAGAGAAGCAGGUGGCGAAGUUGAUGGAAGAUGACAUCGGGGCAGCGAUGCAGUUCCUGCAAUCCAAAGCACUGUGCAUGAUGCCGAUUUCACUUGCAAUGGCAAUCUAUGACACUCAACAUACCCAGGAUGGCCACUCACUGAAGCCUGAACCCAAUACAUCUUCGUAGUAUAGUAACAUCAACCUUAGCAUGCAUUUCACCCCUAGUACUAUUUAGGCAUCGAUAUAUCCAAAGUGUAUGAUAUACCGAGCAUUUCAAUGUGCUAACCGUGAAGUAGGAAAGGACCAAAAAGAUCAUCUCCUCUCGAAUCAGUUAAAUUGGUAUAUGAUGUAACCACCCUUUCCCUAUUUUGUUCAAAGCAGCUUUGAUUGCAAGGAUAUGGUAAGCAAUAUUCUACUCAGGCUCAUACAUCUUUCAACUUUCAA